CUUAACUUUUUGGCGGUACCCCUCGCUAAAAACAGAAAAUUUUCCAGGUUAUCAAGUGUGCUGAAUACGAAAAAGCACUUUUCUUUAACUCUAAAUGAACUUUAAUUUUUUUUUAUCGGUGAUAUGAACAAUUAACUAUUAUAUCGCCAUUAAAACACGUCAGUGCAUAAUAAGACACUGGAAGAGUACCGAUGUAUAAAUGACGAUUCAAAGUAGUAACAUAUUCUUCCAAUAACAGUUUUAUGUCUUCUUGUGUGACGUGUUCAUUUUCCGAUCGAGUUAUCUCAUAAUAAUAAGCUCUUCAGGAAAAAAUUUUGAACCGAUUCUGUCCUCCGUAUAAAAAGUCGAUUUUGCGCUAAUGAUCUAAUAUAAAUAUAAAGAGCAAGAGGUCUAAAACUAUUUCUGAAUUCAAAACAAAGCUCACGCUUCCCUUCUGUCGGCGUUCGCAACUAGUAUAGAUGAGAAACGCUAUGAACUUCUCUGCAUUAGCGCAAAAUCGACUUUUUAUAUUGAGACAGAAUCGGUUCAAAAUUUUUUCCUGAACAGCCUAUUAUAUGAAUCGACGGUCAGCAAAGUAUCUCUUGAUUCAAAUCACUUUUCGCAUNCCCCCCCAAACCCCCCCAAAAACCCCAAAAAGUUUUUUAAACCAAGAUAUACUUGGCGCCCCGUCGAUUCAUAUAAUAAGGUGUUCAGGAAAAAAUUUUGAAUCGGUUGCGUCCUCUGUAUAAAAAGUCGAUUUUGCGCUAAUGUAUUUGAUUCCACCAAAAAACCAUCUGAUGUAAUAUAAAGCUAAAAGAUUUUCUGCACACCCUCUACAGAUGCCAAGGAGGUUGGAAGUAUUUCUAAUCGAUUCAUCAUAAUAGAUUAUCUAUACACUGUCAAUUUUAUUACCUGUAGACUACUUUUUUUGUAUUGUUACAGUUGACUGGUAUCUAGCGACAUCUACCCCGUCCCACAGAAAACGGUUGCUUAGCUGUUCACCACUUUGCAUUAGUAAAUAUUUUAGAUGAUCUCUUUGAAUAUUUCCUCGUUUAUGUAGAAAAUAAUUUUCUACUGUUGUCUCUUGUGAUCUGCUUAUCCAUAGAAUAACUGGCAGCCAUUUUUCCGUAUUUUGCGCACACACAGACAAUGUAAACUCAGUAACCUGCAGGUUGUCCCUUGUUUUACUGAGAAAUCGAUUUUACUGAACUUUUCGGAUUGGGUGAUAGAAAAAAAAAUUUACUAUCUGGUGACUCAGAAACUCAGUUCAGUUUCUCAGUAAAAAAAGGGACAACCGACAAACAACCAAUUUGUAAGACCCUAGGCUAAAGUCAAGGGAAUAUUCGUCUGGCAGUAUAGAAAAAGUCACCUUUGUCUUCGCAGACAUCCAUUUUCUCCUUUAAUCGGACGUUUUUGAAAUCAUUGUUCUUUCAAAUAGCUUGACGAAUAAUUUGAUUGAGGUAUCCGUUAUUGCAUGAUCAAUGAUCAUGGACUGACUAAUUACUAAUGGUUGCUCAGUGACACGUAUCAAAACGUCUCCGAACUUUGAAAUAAGAGAUGCUGACAUAAUUUCGUCUUUUUUGCUGUUAUAAACUAUCUAAUACUCCAUCUAAUAUUUCUUUUAACUAAAAUAAACAUGUGAUAGUAGUUCAUUUGGAAAAUGAAUCCAGUUUUUUGCUAUUUAGCGGAGCCAUUUUUCUCAAUAAAAAGCAUCUUGUACUUCUAUUUCUAACUUUCUGAAUUUUAUUUGUUUCAGAUUGUGAAAGUGCUACGCCGUCAAUAAUGCCGGUUAAGGUAUAUAUAUCAAAUAUAAGUGCUAGUCAUCUGAUUACUGGACGUCAACGACAAGUAAAACAUAUAUUAGAUACAUAUAAUAUUCCGUACAUGGAAGUGGAUAUUAGUGAUCCGAAACAGAGUGGUGAGAAGGAAUUUUUACAAAAAAGUUUAUUUGACAAGAAUUUGAAAUUAACUUUACCACAAGUCUUUAAUGAUAAUGAAUUUUGUUGUGAUUAUGAUGGGCUACUGUGUGCUGUUGAGUCAAAUCAAUUGAAACAAGUUCUGAAAACGUCUCCAACAACAAGCACGUCGAAUCAGCAGCAAGAAACUCCACUAAUGUCGUCAUCUUAG